AUGAACUUCUCAGAUCUACCUUUUGAAGCGAAAUGCCAUAUAUUCUCAUUUCUAGAUUAUCUAAGCUUUAUUUUGCAAAAAGGACUUUGUUUGAAUAAGACCUUUUGUAGGAGUUUACUUUAUGCAAUUGAGCCACCAAAGAAAUUAUUGUUUGGUCCUCUUCCGAAGCGUGCUGCAAUUCCGAUUCAAACAAGCGAUGAUGAUGAAAUUGAUGGAGAAUUGGACGAACAAAAUCGUCAUUCUAGAGUCAUCACAUUCCGGUAUGCCGUUAUUGAUGGAAGUCAGUUUUAUGAUAGAAUUACAAACAUUUUACUACCAAAAUAUUUGAAACCAAUGUGUUUUAAUAAGACAAUCACCUAUUUAGACAUUCACACCAUUGGCUCGAAAUUGACCAUGAAACAAACCAUUGAUAUUUGCAAAGAAUUUCCAAACCUCACUCAAGUUCACUUUAUUAAUCAUUUUCCAACUCUAUCAAAAUUGAAAUCGUUUAUUUUAGACUCGCUGUAUCCUCAAUAUUGUGCACAUUUGAGAGUUAUUGACAUAACAUCGGGAGAAUUAGCGUCACAAAAUCAAACUGUUGGAAAUACUGUGAAAAAGAAAGUAACGCCUAUUCAACGGUUACGAUCUGAAGAAGAUUUUCCUGCAAUCGUUGAUUAUGCACUGCUAGUACUUCCCAAUACAGCUUCUGCAUCAGGGACAACCUCCUAUUUAAAGAUGAAUGAUGAACAAACAUUGACGUUUCUCAAACAACUUAUUGAAAAAUACUAUGUGCCAAUCAAUACAUGCAUUCAAGGUAAAUACACCUUUCUAUCAGGGGCAUGUCACAACAGCCAUUUCGAAUGCAUUAAAUAUUUACUAAAUUUUGGAGCAAACCUAAGGCAAAAUCGCUCCAAAUCGAAGGAUUCAAUCAGUAGAAGCAUAUCAUUGGACCUGAUGAAUAUUGCCGAGAGCUCAGAAAAAGAGCUACUCUUACUGAGAUCACAACCUAAUAGGGCUCUGUAUUUUUCGUUUAAGAGGAAUUUUUGUAUUGCUCCAUUAGUAAUACUUCAAAAAGAGAAUAUUAUUGAUUACCUGAUUGAGAAGGGCAUUACACUGUGUGAAUAUCAAAUCGCAUCCAUCAUCCAACAUUUGAGAAGAUCACUGGCUAAUUUAUCCUUUGCCACUCCAGAAAUGAAACUCAAAAUUAUUGAUAAGAAGAAAAAGCAAGAACAAUUACUUUACAAAACUCUUAACAAACUCGAACACUUUUUAUUUACGUUUUCAGAUGUUGAUAUGGAAACGGGUUCGAGUCCCAUCCAUCAAAUUUUAGAUUAUACCUCACUGAGAAUAAUACUCCACAAAAUGGGCCUUCACUCACUGCAAAGCUCACCCGAUGCAUUGAGUAAUGAGGUUGAACAAAUCAUUAACACAACCAAUAAGUGUACAGGUGCCUCAGUGAUUCACAUGUUGUGUGCGAGUUCUUCUUCUCUUUGCAAAGUCUAUCAACCCACAAGUAUUUCUGAAAUUAUUAAUGCCCUCUCUGUAUAUAGUAAUUGCACGAACGAAAAUUCCAAUUUUCCUUUAUCACCACUCGACACAGAAAUAUUUUCAAAUAUUCAAAAUUUUCAUCACUUUUUGAAAGCACGGCUGGAUAUUUAUGAUUUGAAUGGAAUGAUGCCCAUUCAUUUGUGUGUGGAUAUGGAACGAUACGAUCUAGCCAAAGAAUGGCUUAAAUGGAAACCAGAACACGCACUCUUUCUCACGAAAAACACGAAUGAAUCAAUUUUACACAUUCUUGUAGAGCAAUUUACACAUACCAUGUUUGAUUUAAGCGCCUCAAGUAGCGACGAUGAAGCAAGUUAUAGAAAAUGCAUGAAUAGUCAUGUUGUUUUAGAGUCACCUGCCUCUCCCAGCGAUUUAUCAUCAAUCCCUGAAGUUUUGGAAGAGAAUUUACUCGAGCAGAGACGAAUUGAACUUCAAGAGAAGGAACGAACUUGCAAGCUCAACAAAAUUCUUUCUCUCAUCAAAUUUAUUGCCACCGGCUUGAAAAUCAGUGAAGAUGAAAGGAGGAAAAUCUUCAUGGUACAGAAUGAUUUGAAUAUGACCAUUCUUGAUAAUAUUCACUCCUCGUUUGACGAAUAUAUCACAGAAGAAGCAACUGAUCAUGAAGAGUACAAACACUACAAGGAGUACGUGAAUGAGGUUUUAUCCUUGCUGGAAAAAUAA